GCGCGCUGCGGACACCUCUCGGGCAAGGUCCCAGCCGUCGCGGGUUGCCGGGCAGAGCCUGACGCCGCCAGCUCCUCGCUCCCCGCCCACCGCUCUCCUAGAGCGCUGGGCCUUCGCUGGCCGCACCGGCAGUCAUGGGCUCGGAGAUGGAGCCGCUGCUCCUGGCCUGGAGCUAUUUUAGGCGCAGGAAGUUCCAGCUCUGCGCCGAUCUGUGCACGCAGAUGCUGGAGAAGUCCCCUUAUGACCAGGCAGCUUGGAUCUUAAAAGCAAGAGCACUAACAGAAAUGGUGUACAUAGAUGAAAUUGAUGUAGAUCAGGAAGGAAUUGCAGAAAUGAUGCUGGAUGAAAAUGCUAUUGCUCAAGUUCCACGCCCUGGAACAUCUUUGAAACUCCCUGGAACUAAUCAGACAGGAGGGCCUGGUCAGGCCGUUAGGCCAAUCACACAAGCUGGAAGACCCAUUACAGGUUUCCUCAGGCCCAGCACACAGAGUGGAAGGCCAGGCACUAUGGAACAGGCCAUCAGAACCCCCAGAACCGCCUACACAGCCCGCCCGAUCACCAGCUCCUCCGGAAGAUUUGUCAGGCUGGGAACGGCUUCCAUGCUUACAAGUCCUGAUGGACCAUUUAUAAAUUUAUCUAGACUGAAUUUAACAAAAUAUUCCCAGAAACCUAAGUUGGCAAAGGCUUUGUUUGAGUAUAUCUUUCAUCAUGAAAAUGAUGUUAAGACUGCUUUGGAUCUGGCUGCCCUCUCCACAGAGCAUUCUCAGUACAAGGACUGGUGGUGGAAGGUACAGAUUGGAAAAUGUUACUACAGGUUGGGAAUGUAUCGUGAAGCAGAAAAACAGUUUAAAUCAGCCCUGAAGCAGCAGGAAAUGGUAGAUACAUUUCUGUACUUGGCAAAAGUUUAUGUCUCAUUGGAUCAACCUGUGACUGCUUUAAAUCUUUUCAAACAAGGCUUAGAUAAGUUUCCAGGAGAAGUAACCCUGCUCUGUGGAAUUGCAAGAAUCUAUGAGGAAAUGAACAAUAUGUCAUCAGCAGCCGAAUACUACAAAGAAGUUUUGAAACAAGACAAUACUCAUGUGGAAGCCAUCGCAUGCAUUGGAAGCAACCACUUCUAUUCUGAUCAGCCAGAAAUAGCUCUCCGGUUUUACAGGCGACUGCUGCAGAUGGGCAUUUAUAACGGCCAGCUUUUUAACAAUCUGGGGCUGUGUUGCUUCUAUGCCCAGCAGUAUGAUAUGACUCUGACCUCAUUUGAACGUGCCCUUUCUUUGGCUGAAAAUGAAGAAGAGGCAGCUGAUGUCUGGUACAACUUGGGACAUGUAGCUGUGGGAAUAGGAGAUACCAAUUUGGCCCAUCAGUGCUUCAGGCUGGCUCUAGUCAACAACAACAACCACGCCGAGGCCUACAACAACCUGGCUGUGCUGGAGAUGCGGAAGGGCCACGUUGAACAGGCAAGGGCACUAUUACAAACUGCAUCAUCUCUAGCACCCCAUAUGUAUGAACCGCAUUUUAAUUUUGCAACAAUCUCUGAUAAGAUUGGAGAUCUGCAGAGAAGCUAUGUUGCUGCGCAGAAGUCUGAAGCAGCAUUUCCAGACCAUGUGGACACACAACAUUUAAUUAAACAAUUAAGGCAGCAUUUUGCUAUGCUCUGAUUGUUCCUGAGACCACAUAUGUUCUUAUGAAGAGGCAUUAUGCAAGGGGAAAGAAUUACUAUGUCUGUGUAUGUAUGUAUAUAGUGUAAUACAUAUAUUUUACAAGCCUGUCCUUGAUAUUAGUGAAGGUGAUAUAUAAGGGUGACACAGAAUGUAUAAUGCAAAUUUCAUAGUAAUAGUAAGUUUAUAAAAUAAUAUAAAAUACAGGAUUUAAACCUUUCUAAAUAGAUCAUGAAACUUUCUCCCACAUUAUAUAGUAGAUGUUUGUUUAUAAUGUUUACAAAACAUUUUGGUGAAUUCCCUCAGUGUUUUAUAAAUGUACAUUUUUUAAGGCCUUAAGCUGACUAUUAGCCAUCAUGUAGCUUAAGGAGUCUGAAAUCUGCCAUUAAAACUGCACCUUUAAGCCAGGUGUAGUAGCAUGUGCCUAUAGUCCCAGCUACUUGGGAGGUGGAGGUGGGAGAAUUAUAGAGACUUUCCUUUAGACUUUAAAAAUGUAUUUAAAACUAUUUUUAUUAAAUACUUUGUGAUUUCCUAUUAGGUUUUAAAAUAAAUCAGUGUGUAUAACACCAUCAUUUCA